UGAGCUGACAUGCAAGCGAUGAAGGACGUGUGCUUUGCACAUCCCCUGUUGCCUGUUUACCGCAGCCAUUUUAGUUUCACCACCAGCAGCACUUCGAGGAUUCGACAUGGAGCAAAAGCAACACUUGCUCAGUCCGGGGGAAGAGAUUGUCGCCAUCCUUCUGCAGCCGAGCUGGAUGACUGAGAUGGAAUCCGAAGGCUCAUUGUGGCAGAAGGCCAUUGAUAUUCCCGACCAGGAAGGAAUUCAUGAUCUUGUGUCGCUGGAGUGGCGGAAGGCCACAGGCGUCUCAGAAAAGUUGCACUUCAAGGAGAGCAAAGACCACAACAACACCAUUACUAGGAGAAUUGAGCUGGGGCCAGAAGAGUGGGUUGUUGGUUUCAAGAUGCAUGAGACCUGUGAGGAGGCCGGAGCAAAAAGCUUCCGCAACGUCGAAGUUUUCAUCGGUGGGCCUUCGGGGUACAGGUUGGAACCUUUGGCUCGCGGGCUGGUGGUGCCAGAACCAGCAUUCCCGGGCAAGAUUACUUGGCUUCCCGAACAAGCGGAACCGAGCAGGGCUCCCACCGAUUGCCGAAUCACAGGUUUGAGAAGCAUGCGUGGCACUGGCAGAGACCAUCUCGUGGGAAUCGUUUUCGAUUCGACGAACUCCUGGAACCCAAUGUGGAUUUGUCGAGGACUGACUGGUGAAGCUCCCAUGUUUUGGUUGGAUUUGUUGGUUUUGACCUGCCUCCUGAGCUAUUUGGACUUGUUUAGCGAUGUGCAGCAGUUCCGGCUCUUCUACAGGAAAGGGCUUCUGGGUUACCUAAUGGCCAAUGUGUGCGGGAUUUGUGUGCCUAUUUUAUUCACAUGUAGAGAGAACUACUUGUGGGCCAAGCGUGAGCCAGCCUCGCCACAGCUUGAGUUCCUUCAAACAUUGAUUCCGUCAGGGUACACAACUCUACUCCCUUGUUUGGCGGUCAUUUGCACCGCUUUGCAGCUCCACAUUCUGUUGCUCACUCUGAUGUCCGCGUACUUUCGCCAAAAGUUUAGCGCUCUUGUAGAGGGACAGCAGGGAGAAGUGACCGAGGCUGCCAUAUCAGCUUUGGUGCAGCUGCACCUCUUGAUGAAUGUUCUCGUUGAGGUGGACCAAUUCGAGUCGUUGGACAUGACUGCUGAUGAGAUUCAUUCUUUGUCCACAUCUAUUGGGCUUUCAUUACUUUCACUGGGGUUCAGCUUUGCCUCCAGAGACAAAGCACCUACUCCAGUGCUGGGCCUUCCUGGAACUGCAGGCUGGGGGCCCAUCAUGGUAACGCUCAUUAUUCUACGGACCAUGGAAGUCACUGGCCGUCUUGCAGCCAUCAAUUUGGUGCACAUCUCCACCCGCGGCUCCACAGAAUCUACAUCCAUGGGUGGGCCAAGCCUGGUGCUCUUCUUGCUCUUUUGUGCUUCCAUGAACUUCCCAGAAGCGCGUGGUAUAGACCUCCUAGCAGCCAUUGCUGCUCACCCCGGACAAGUCUUGCAGCCAGCAUCCUUGUUGCCGCUUUGGAAAUCCAUAGUGCUGCAGCUGAUGGUGACAACGCUGGCUACAUCUUUGCAGUAUCUCUUGCGCAGGUAUCCAGAGAGGUACUUGGAAACCUUUCCUGGGGCCAAAGAGGUCCCAUUACACUUGGCCGCACCGUUGCUUGCAGCAAGUGCUUGCAGCAUGCUCCUUCUCCCAUGUUUAGCAUUCACAGGAUCAGUGAGGCACCACCCACUUCUGCACCAACUUUCCAGAGCAGCUCGAGAUGCCAGUGGUGAGAACCUUCCCAAACGUCAUUUGCUGUAUUCUGUAGUUGCAGCAACACUCAACCACUCAAAGCCUUGCAGAGCUGCGCUGCAAGUUAUGGCUGCUGAGGGGUACAUCUUGGAUUUGGACGACGCAGCGUUGAAAACCUGGAUUGAAGGGAGUGUCGGGGAACUCCAGGCAAUCAAGAAGGACUUAAGUAUCCUAACAACCUCAGGGUCUGGACCGUUCUUGCAGUGCAAUUGUCUCCGAGGUUUUUUGGAAAGGGAGGAGCUGCUGAAUCCAGAGUUUUGCGAGAAUUUCAUGACUUGCUUCAAAGAGCAGUCCAUGGCCAACCGAGUUUUGGAUUUGUCAGGUUGCAAGCAUAUUUCUCCAAGGGCAUGGGCUGUCUUGUCAACAGCCCAUUGGCCCCACCUGCAGAUAGUUUAUUUAUGGUGCUGCUGGCAGGACUCUGAGGAUGGUUGCGGUGACAUGUUUCAAUGCCUUUCUCGGUGUGAAAGGUUGGAAGAGAUAUACUUGGGUUUUUGCAAGAAGAUUUCCAAACUCUCAUGGGACGUUCUGAAAAGUGCACAUUGGCCAGAGCUCCGGACUGGUCUGUUCUGGCAUUGCUUUGAGGAGUCUGGUGAGGGCGCUGAAGUGCUUUUGUCAAUGCUCAGCCGCUCGCAGAAGCUACGCUCGCUUGACUUUCGCCAAUGUCCUGCCCUGUCCGACACCGUUUGGGAUGUGGUGCCCACAGGGUCUUGGCCAAAGCUGACCCAAGCACACGGAAUCCCAGGUAUAGUCUAUGAUCAGCUGCGUGGAACCGUGACCCAGGAACCAGAAAGAUGGCAUGACUCAUUUGAAGUGGAAGGAAAAGAUGUGGCAGAACAACCUGACACGUGCAUACCUUCUUUCUGUGUGGUAGAUGUGUUCGGCUGCUUGGAAGCACCACCCGCUCCAAGCGACCUGCCACACGGCUUGCAGUGGGCCAAAGUUAUGUAUGCCCCGCACGCGACCAACCCUUUGAAUGCCAACGAGUGGGCAAAGGUCGCUGCGAAGUUCCUUGCGUCCAAGCAAACUCUUCAAAGAGUGGAUUGCAUGUGUUGCUUCAAUGACAAUGGGGCAGGAAGCGAUGAGCUCCUGAAGGCUUUGUGCCAAUGCGAGGCACUUGAGGAAUUGAUUCCGCUUGCCUGUGGAAAGAUCCACGUCUCGGCAUGGCGCAUGCUAGCUGCAGCGCGCUGGCCGCGGUUGAGGCGGGUAAGCUUUGAUCGGUGCUUCGGUGAGUCCAGUGAAGGAAGCGAAGAGGUCCUUUCAGCUAUCAAGCACUGCUCUGUCUUGGAAGAUGUGGACUUCAUCAACUGUGAGGCCAUGCCAGGCGAAGCUUGGGAUGCUGUGCCUACCGGUGCGUGGCCGCUACUCAAGAAAGUGCAAGGCAUCCCCGCUGAAGUUGCAAACCGUUUGCGGGGCGAAUGUAGAAAUAUAAUUUAUAGCAUGUAAAUAACAGCUGAUGCAUGGGAGGUUUGUCGAGUGGCGCCCAAUUUGUUGCCAGCGGCAACUUCUGGAAUUCAAAAGAGCCGUGUCGUAGAACUACUGUUAAUUUCAUUGAGUGAUUCCUCCUUCUUUUGACAUUCUCAAUGUGCUCUCCACAACCACCAGAUGCGACAAAGUUCACAUCACUUAGACUGUUAGACCUCAAACAUGCUCUUUGCAAGAUCGGCCCUGAACAAGUGGCGUCCUGAUGUUUGGAGAUAUCGAAGCUGGUUCUUUGUUGGGUGUCUG